CAGUUAAGCAGCCCUCCUCCCUCCAGUAUCCAGACCCUGGUGAAGGUGUCUAAGACAGCUGGCAAUAGGUUGAAGCCCCACGCCCCUCGUCUGAUCCCAGCACUCCUGGAGGCUCUCAGUGUCCUGGAGCCACAGGUCCUCAACUACCUCAGCCUCCGAGCCACGGAGCAGGAGAAGAGUGCCAUGGAUGCUGCUAGACUCAGUGCUGCCAAGUCCUCCCCCAUGAUGGAGACCAUCAACAUGUGUCUGCAGCACCUGGAUGUGUCUGUUCUGGGGGAGCUGGUCCCCAGACUCUGUGACCUACUGAAGAGUGGAGUGGGUCUGGGCACCAAGGGUGGUUGUGCCAGUGUGAUCGUGUCCCUCACCGUCCAGUGUCCCCAGGACCUCACCCCCUACUCAGGUAAACUGAUGAGUGCCCUACUGAAUGGGAUUCAUGACCGUAGCAGUGUGGUCCAGAAAGCCUUCUCCUUCGCUCUGGGACAUCUAGUCAGGACAGCGAAGGACAGCAGUGUAGAGAAACUCCUGCUGAAACUCAACACCUGGUACCUGGAGAAAGAAGAGCCGGUGUACAGGUCGUCGUGCGCCCUGACGGUCCACGCUAUCAGCCACUACAGCCCUGAUGUCCUGAAGGGGCAUGCAGUGGGAGCGUUGCCGCUGGCCUUCUUGGGGAUGCACCAGGCGCCGGGACCGGACGAGGAGAAGGGAGAAAGCCACGACGCCACGCUGUGGAGCGAAGUCUGGCAGGAACACGUACCAGGAAGCUUUGGGGGCAUCCGCCUCUACAUGACGGAGCUGAUCGACAUUACCCAGAAGGCCUUGCAGUCCCAGUCGUGGAAGAUGAAGGCCCAGGGCGCGGCUGCCAUGGCGUCCAUCGCUAAGCAACAGACGGGUUCUCUGGUCGCCCCUCACCUGGGUAUGGUGUUGUCCGCUCUACUGCAGGGACUGGUUGGACGCACCUGGACUGGAAAGGAGGAGCUGUUGAACGCCAUCGGCUCUGUGGUGUCUAAGUGCAGUGGUGAACUCCAGAAGUCCUCCCCGGGCCAGCCCAGUGUUCCAGAGGUGAUAGAUCUGGUGUUGAAGGAGUGUCGUAAAGACAACCUGGUCUACAAGAUGGCUGCCCUGGGCUGUGCUGCUGAUGUCCUGCAGGCCACACAGGAAGACCGCUUCAGUGACAUGGCAGACAUACUCAUACCACUCAUUAAGAAGAACUCUGCAGCAACUUCGAGGUUGAGACAUGAUAGCGAUGACGAUCGGGAUGAGAAGGAGAAGGAGCUGCAGACUGAAGCUCUACUCUGUGCCUUCCAGACGCUGGGCAAGACCUGGCCCAACAACGCACAAACCCAGGAGCGUUUCCAGUUGGACCUGUGCUGUCUGAUGUGUGAGAGGUUGAAACUCAGUACCUGGAGGGUCCAGGUGGGGGUGCUACAGUCUAUGAAGACAUACUUCCAGAGGUUGCUACUGUUGGAGAAAGACAACCAGAACUUCACAGCCUUGUCCCUUAUUCUCACUGAGACAUGCAGCGCUCUCACACACCCACUAGGUAAGACCUGUACACUGCUCUCACACACCCACUAGGUAAGACCUGUACAC